UUCCUAUAAAUAACCAAACCACAGGUUCUCCGCUUCACCAAUUCAAAAUAAGCUCAUCAGUACUCAGUUUAUGAUUACAAUCACAAUGAGCAAACACUUUCUAUCUUUGCUUUCUUUUUCCUUGCUGCUCUUCACGAGUUUAGCUAAUCGCUCUGAGUUUGAUAGGUUCAACCGAUGCCAACUAGAUAAUAUUAAUGCAUUGGAACCGGACCACCGUGUUGAGUCUGAAGCCGGUCUUACUGAGACAUGGAACCCAAAUCACCCUGAACUACAAUGCGCCGGUGUCUCUCUUAUCAGACGCACCAUUGAUCCUAAUGGUCUUCACUUGCCUUCGUAUUCACCCUCUCCACAGUUGAUUUUCAUCAUCCAAGGUAAGGGUGUCCUUGGACUUUCAGUUCCUGGUUGUCCUGAGACUUUUGAAGAGCCGCGAUCAUCACAAUCUAGACAAGGAUCCAGGCAGCAACAGCAGCAGCAACGUGACAGUCACCAAAAGAUUCGUCGAUUCCGUAAAGGCGAUGUCAUUGCCAUUCCACCUGGAAUUCCUUACUGGACAUUUAACCAUGGCAAUGAACCUCUUGUUGCCAUCAGUCUGCUCGAUACCUCGAAUGAUGUUAACCAGCUCGAUUCAACCCCAAGAGUAUUUUACCUUGGUGGCAAUCCAGAGGCAGAGUUCCCUGAAACACAGGAGGAACAACAAGGACGACAUCAACAAAGGCACAAGGAAUUGUUCCCUGCUGGACGUAGAGGCGGACAGCACCAACAAGAGCAGGAAUCUCAGGAACAAAACGAUGGACACAGCGUGCUGAGUGGCUUCAGCUCAGAGUUUUUAGCACAGGCACUCAACACCAACCAAGAUAUAGCUAAGAGACUUCAAUCUCCACGUGACAAAAGGAGUCAAAUCGUGAGAGUGGAGGAAGGUCUCCGCAUCAUCAGCCCCGAGUGGCAGCAAGAAGAUGAGGAAGAAGAAACAAGUCGCUGGGAGGAGGAAGAAGAUGAACGGAGACCAAGACACGGUCGUAAACAAAGGUGGGAUGAAGAUGAAGAAAAAAGUCGCUGGGAGGAGGAUGAAGAUGAACGGAGCCCAAGACACAGUCGUAAACAACAGUGGGAAGAAGAAGACGAGGACGAGAAAGAAGAAGACCGUAGACUAAGGCAUCACAAACAUAGUGAAGAAGAAAGAGAACCAAGACGCCCCAGACAUGAUGAAGAACAAGAUGAGGACGAAGAUGAACCCCACAGUCAUGAAAGUCAUAAAUGGUGGAAAAAAUACAGUAAAGAAAAGAAACGAGGAUCACACGGAUGUGGGGAAGAGGAAGAAGAAGAGGAGGAGGAACAUAGAAGUGAGCAAAAGAGAAGCAGCAAGGAAAGAAAGAAUGGUUUGGAAGAAACUAUCUGCAGUGCAAGGAUUCGUGAGAACAUUGCUCGCCCUGGACGUGCAGAUCUCUACAACCCACGUGCCGGUCGCAUCAGCACUGUCAACAGUUUAACCCUCCCAAUCCUCCGCCGAUUACGCCUCAGUGCAGAAUAUGUCCUUCUCUACAGGAAUGGUAUAUAUGCUCCACACUGGAACAUCAAUGCCAACAGCCUAUUGUACGUGAUUAGAGGACAAGGAAGAGUUAGGAUCGUCAACAACCAAGGGAACGCUGUGUUCGACGACAAAGUCAGAAAGGGACAGUUGUUAGUGGUGCCACAGAACUUCGUGGUGGCGGAACAAGCAGGGAACGAAGAAGGACUUGAGUAUGUGGUGUUCAAGACAAAUGACAGAGCUUCUGUUAACCAUGUAAAGCAGGUGUUCAGGGCCACUCCUGCACCGGUUCUUGCAAAUGCUUUCGGCCUUCGCCAAAGUGAAGUAACUAAAAUUAAGUUCAACGGAAACCGUGGCCCGUUGGUUCAACCUCAAUCUCAAUCACAAUCUCAGUAA